CCCGCCGUCGCCCGCCCGGAUCCUUCCCGCGCCGUCUUCCCUUCCCGCGUUCCCCGGGAGAAACAUGGCCGGGAGCAGCGAGGAGGCGCCAGACUUCGGGCGAGGCGUCGUGAUUAUGGAUGACUGGCCAGGGUAUGACUUGAAUUUAUUCACAUACCCACAGCACUACUAUGGAGAUUUGGAAUAUGUCCUUAUACCUCAUGGCAUCAUUGUGGACAGAAUCGAGCGGCUGGCUAAGGAUAUUAUGAAAGACAUAGGAUAUAGUGACAUCAUGGUCCUGUGUGUGCUCAAAGGAGGUUACAAAUUCUGUGCCGAUCUCGUAGAGCACCUUAAGAACAUCAGCCGAAAUUCCGAUCGAUUUAUCUCCAUGAAGGUUGAUUUCAUCAGACUAAAAAGUUACCGGAAUGACCAAUCUAUGGGCGAGAUGCAGAUAAUUGGAGGAGAUGACCUUUCAACGCUGGCUGGAAAGAAUGUUCUCAUUGUUGAGGAUGUUGUUGGAACUGGGAGAACCAUGAAAGCCCUGCUCAGCAGCAUAGAGAAGUACAAGCCCAACAUGAUUAAGGUGGCCAGUUUGUUGGUGAAGAGAACAUCCAGAAGCGAUGGCUUUAGACCCGACUAUGCUGGAUUUGAGAUUCCGAACUUAUUUGUGGUGGGAUAUGCCUUAGAUUACAAUGAAUACUUCAGAGAUCUGAAUCACAUAUGCGUGAUCAAUGAACAUGGUAAAGAAAAGUAUCGGGUCUAAAGAUGUCAGUUCUCACCAUCGAAUCCCCAGACAGCAGCAUUCUUACGACCACACUCAGGAGGCCAGCUGGGAACUGUGUCUCUCCAGGCGUCUUCGCUCAGCAGGACAUAAAAGGAAAAAAAAUGUUUGAAUGAGAGUGCUCUCUUUUCUGAGAUUAUCAUAGAAGGAGUACCAAAGGUUCUUAAGGAAAAGAAAGCAAUGCUUUUAUUUGACUUGUUGCAAAUUAAACACUCCGCCUUAUGACUCAUCUGCGCUAUCUACCUUCACACUCCUGAGCUACAGCUUCCAUUGUUGUGAUAUGUCAUUAACCUUAUUGCAACUCCCAAGAUACCCCCAGCUAGUUACUCCAAUAUUUUUCACUUAACUUUUUUUUUAAUACUCUAUUUUGGUAAUAUUCUCACAGUAUUCAAAACCUGGAAAUCCUUUCACUUAAGCCCUGAGUGCCAUAUAUUAGAAAUCCAGCCGGGUUCCCGUACUAAAAAAAGGGCUGGAAAAGGACAAUUUGAUAUAAGUUUUUGUUUGCGCAUAUCUGACAGGCCAUUAUUAUCUGCUUUGACAAAGCCUUUCUGAAACGCGGUGCACAAUGAAUCUUAAUGAUGUUAUGAAAUGAGCCUUUGCUCAGCGCUGUUGAUUCGAGCUUCCGGUAUGUGAUGACGGUCUGUCGUGUGUGCAUGGACGUACUCAACUGUGUUUAAUACUCUGCAUUUUAAUUAGCAAAAACACAAUGGCAGCCAGGCUCUGGUUUCUAAGCUGCAUCCUUUUAUUCAUGUGGGACAUGAACAAAUGGCAGAAUUGAGGGGGAGUGUUUUCAAUGCUCAAAUACUAAGUGAGCAUAAAUUUUUCCUCUUAUUUGCAUCAAAGAACAAGACGCAGUUACAUACUGUGUUAAACAUGAAAACAGAGAUCAAAUUAUUUUUAAGUGUCCUUAUAAGACUGAUCACAAAAUCCAAGGUGCUAUAAGAAACAAGCAAACUUAAGAAAGUUUUUUCUGAAUAACAGGGUUUUUUUUUUUUUCCCAUUUCCCCAUUAUAUGAGACAUUUUCUAAUUUAUGGGGAUUUUAAUUGAAAAUAAACUUAAGUGCCAAUAGAGCUGUUUUUUCUCACUUCCUAAAAAAAGCAAAUGCAAAAUAAAUAACUAAGCAGCCUUUGUUUGGUUCUGAACCGUAUGUGGCAUAUUGUUAUUAGGUUCUAGCUUCCUUUAAACUAAUAAAGAAUAAGAAAACUUGUUAUGUUUUAUAACU